AUGUGGGUUAGGGUUAGACACCUGUACAUCAGACACCUGUACAUCAGACACCUGUACAUCAGACACCUGUACAUCAGACACCUGCACAUCAGACACCUGCACAUCAGACACCUGUACAUCAGACACCUGUACAUCAGACACCUGUACAUUAGACACCUGUACAUUAGACACCUGUACAUUAGACACCUGUACAUUAGACACCUGUACAUUAGACACCUGUACAUCAGACACCUGCACAUUAGACACCUGUACAUUAGACACCUGUACAUUAGACACCUGUACAUUAGACACCUGUACAUUAGACACCUGUACAUUAGACACCUGUACAUCAGACACCUGUACAUUAGACACCUGUACAUCAGACACCUGUACAUCAGACACCUGUACAUCAGACACCUGUACAUCAGACACCUGCACAUCAGACACCUGUACAUUAGACACCUGUACAUCAGACACCUGCACAUCAGACACCUGUACAUCAGACACCUGUACAUCAGACACCUGUACAUCAGACACCUGUACAUUAGACACCUGUACAUCAGACACCUGUACAUCAGACACCUGUACAUUAGACACCUGUACAUUAGACACCUGUACAUUAGACACCUGUACAUUAGACACCUGUACAUCAGACACCUGUACAUCAGACACCUGUACAUCAGACACCUCAGACACCUACACCUGCACAUCAGACACCUGUACAUUAGACACCUGUACAUCAGACACCUGUACAUUAGACACCUGCACAUCAGACACCUGUACAUUAGACACCUGCACAUCAGACACCUGUACAUUAGACACCUGUACAUCAGACACCUGUACAUCAGACACCUGUACAUCAGACACCUGUACAUUAGACACCUGUACAUCAGACACCUGCACAUCAGACACCUGUACAUCAGACACCUGCACAUCAGACACCUGUACAUUAGACACCUGUACAUUAGACACCUGUACAUUAGACACCUGCACAUCAGACACCUGUACAUCAGACACCUGCACAUCAGACACCUGUACAUUAGACACCUGUACAUCAGACACCUGUACAUCAGACACCUGUACAUUAGACACCUGUACAUUAGACACCUGUACAUCAGACACCUGUACAUCAGACACCUGUACAUUAGACACCUGUACAUCAGACACUUGUACAUCAGACACCUGUACAUUAGACACCUGUACAUCAGACACCUGCACAUUAGACACCUGUACAUUAGACACCUGUACAUUAGACACCUGUACAUUAGACACCUGUACAUCAGACACCUGUACAUUAGACACCUGUACAUCAGACACCUGUACAUCAGACACCUGUACAUCAGACACCUGUACAUCAGACACCUGCACAUCAGACACCUGUACAUUAGACACCUGUACAUCAGACACCUGCACAUCAGACACCUGUACAUCAGACACCUGUACAUCAGACACCUGUACAUCAGACACCUGUACAUCAGACAACUGUACAUCAGACACACAUCAGACACCUGUACAUCAGACACCUGUACAUCAGACACCUGUACAUCAGACACCUGUACAUCAGACACCUGUACAUUAGACACCUGCACAUCAGUACACCUGUACAUUAGACACCUGUACAUCAGACACCUGCACAUCAGACACCUGCACAUCAGACACCUGUACAUCAGACACCUGUACAUCAGACACCUGUACAUCAGACACCUGUACAUCAGACACCUGUACAUCAGACACCUGUACAUUAGACACCUGUACAUCAGACACCUGUACAUCAGACACCUGUACAUCAGACACCUGUACAUCAGACACCUGCACAUCAGACACCUGUACAUUAGACACCUGUACAUCAGACACCUGUACAUUAGACACCUGCACAUCAGACACCUGUACAUCAGACACCUGUACAUCAGACACCUGUACAUCAGACCACCUGUACAUCAGACACCUGUACAUCAGACACCUGUACAUCAGACAUCAGAACUGUACAUUAGACACCUGUACAUUAGACACCUGUACAUCAGACACCUGUACAUCAGACACCUGUACAUUAGACACCUGUACAUCAGACACCUGUACAUCAGACACCUGUACAUCAGACACCUGUACAUCAGACACCUGUACAUCAGACACCUGUACAUUAGACACCUGCACAUCAGACACCUGUACAUUAGACACCUGCACAUCAGACACCUGUACAUUAGACACCUGUACAUCAGACACCUGUACAUCAGACACCUGUACAUCAGACACCUGUACAUCAGACACCUACACCUGUACAUUAGACACCUGUACAUCAGACACCUGCACAUUAGACACCUGUACAUCAGACACCUGUACAUCAGACACCUGCACAUCAGACACCUGUACAUUAGACACCUGUACAUCAGACACCUGUACAUCAGACACCUGUACAUUAGACACCUGUACAUCAGACACCUAUACAUUAGACACCUGUACAUCAUACACCUGUACAUCAGACACCUGUACAUUAGACACCUGUACAUCAGACACCUAUACAUUAGACACCUGUACAUCAGACACCUGUACAUAAGACACCUGUACAUCAGACACCUGCACAUCAGACACCUGUACAUUAGACACCUGUACAUUAGACACCUGCACAUCAGACACCUGUACAUCAGACACCUGUACAUCAGACACCUGCACAUCAGACACCUGUACAUUAGACACCUGUACAUUAGACACCUGCACAUCAGACACCUGUACAUCAGACACCUGUACAUUAGACACCUGUACAUUAGACACCUGUACAUCAGACACCUGUACAUUAGACACCUGUACAUCAGACACCUGUACAUCAGACACCUGCACAUUAGACACCUGUACAUUAGACACCUGUACAUUAGACACCUGUACAUUAGACACCUGUACAUCAGACACCUGUACAUUAGACACCUGUACAUUAGACACCUGUACAUCAGACACCUGUACAUUAGACACCUGCACAUAAGACACCUGCACAUUAGACACCUGUACAUUAGACACCUGUACAUCAGACACCUGUACAUCAGACACCUGUACAUUAGACACCUGUACAUCAGACACCUGUACAUUAGACACCUGCACAUCAGACACCUGCACAUCAGACACCUGUACAUCAGACACCUGUACAUCAGACACCUGUACAUUAGACACCUGUACAUUAGACACCUGUACAUCAGACACCUGUACAUCAGACACCUGUACAUUAGACACCUGUACAUUAGACACCUGCACAUCAGACACCUGUACAUUAGACACCUGUACAUUAGACACCUGUACAUCAGACACCUGCACAUCAGACACCUGUACAUUAGACACCUGUACAUCAGACACCUGUACAUUAGACACCUGUACAUUAGACACCUGUACAUCAGACACCUGCACAUCAGACACCUGUACAUUAGACACCUGUACAUCAGACACCUGCACAUCAGACACCUGUACAUCAGACACCUGCACAUCAGACACCUGUACAUUAGACACCUGCACAUCAGACACCUGUACAUUAGACACCUGUACAUCAGACACCUGUACAUUAGACACCUGUACAUUAGACACCUGCACAUCAGACACCUGUACAUUAGACACCUGUACAUCAGACACCUGUACAUUAGACACCUGUACAUCAGACACCUACACCUGUACAUCAGACACCUGCACAUCAGACACCUGUACAUCAGACACCUGUACAUCAGACACCUGUACAUUAGACACCUGCACAUCAGACACCUGUACAUUAGACACCUACACCUGUACAUCAGACACCUGUACAUUAGACACCUGUACAUCAGACACCUGUACAUUAGACACCUGUACAUUAGACACCUGCACAUCAGACACCUGUACAUUAGACACCUGUACAUCAGACACCUGUACAUUAGACACCUGUACAUCAGACACCUGCACAUCAGACACCUGUACAUCAGACACCUGUAUAUCAGACACCUGUACAUCAGACACCUGUACAUCAGACACCUGCACAUCAGACACCUGUACAUUAGACACCUGUACAUCAGACACCUGUACAUCAGACACCUGUACAUCAGACACCUGCACAUCAGACACCUGUACAUUAGACACCUGUACAUUAGACACCUGUACAUUAGACACCUGUACAUCAGACACCUGUACAUCAGACACCUGCACAUCAUACACCUGUACAUCAGACACCUGUACAUUAGACACCUGUACAUCAGACACCUGCACAUCAGACACCUGCACAUUAGACACCUGUACAUUAGACACCUGUACAUCAGACACCUGCACAUCAGACACCUGUACAUCAGACACCUGUACAUCAGACACCUGCACAUCAGACACCUGUACAUCAGACACCUGUACAUUAGACACCUGUACAUCAGACACCUGCACAUCAGACACCUGUACAUCAGACACCUGUACAUCAGACACCUGUACAUUAGACACCUGUACAUCAGACACCUGCACAUCAGACACCUGUACAUCAGACACCUGUACAUUAGACACCUGUACAUCAGACACCUGUACAUCAGACACCUGUACAUCAGACACCUGCACAUUAGACACCUGCACAUCAGACACCUGUACAUCAGACACCUGUACAUCAGACACCUGUACAUUAGACACCUGCACAUCAGACACCUGUACAUCAGACACCUGUACAUCAGACACCUGCACAUUAGACACCUGCACAUCAGACACCUGUACAUCAGACACCUGUACAUCAGACACCUGUACAUCAGACACCUGUACAUUAGACACCUGUACAUCAGACACCUGCACAUUAGACACCUGUACAUUAGACACCUGUACAUUAGACACCUGUACAUCAGACACCUGUACAUUAGACACCUGUACAUCAGACACCUGUACAUCAGACACCUGUACAUCAGACACCUGCACAUCAGACACCUGUACAUUAGACACCUGUACAUCAGACACCUGCACAUCAGACACCUGUACAUCAGACACCUGUACAUCAGACACCUGUACAUCAGACACCUGUACAUUAGACACCUGUACAUCAGACACCUGUACAUCAGACACCUGUACAUUAGACACCUGUACAUCAGACACCUGUACAUCAGACACCUGCACAUCAGACACCUGUACAUCAGACACCUGCACAUCAGACACCUGUACAUUAGACACCUGUACAUCAGACACCUGUACAUUAGACACCUGCACAUCAGACACCUGUACAUUAGACACCUGUACAUCAGACACCUGUACAUCAGACACCUGUACAUCAGACACCUGCACAUCAGACACCUGUACAUCAGACACCUGUACAUCAGACACCUGUACAUCAGACACCUGUACAUCAGACACCUGUACAUCAGACACCUGCACAUCAGACACCUGUACAUUAGACACCUGCACAUCAGACACCUGUACAUUAGACACCUGUACAUCAGACACCUGUACAUUAGACACCUGUACAUUAGACACCUGCACAUCAGACACCUGUACAUUAGACACCUGUACAUCAGACACCUAUACAUUAGACACCUGUACAUCAGACACCUGUACAUCAGACACCUGUACAUCAGACACCUGCACAUCAGACACCUGUACAUUAGACACCUGUACAUUAGACACCUGUACAUUAGACACCUGCACAUCAGACACCUGUACAUCAGACACCUGCACAUCAGACACCUGUACAUUAGACACCUGUACAUUAGACACCUGCACAUCAGACACCUGUACAUCAGACACCUGUACAUUAGACACCUGUACAUUAGACACCUGUACAUUAGACACCUGUACAUCAGACACCUGUACAUUAGACACCUGUACAUCAGACACCUGUACAUCAGACACCUGCACAUUAGACACCUGUACAUUAGACACCUGUACAUUAGACACCUGUACAUUAGACACCUGUACAUCAGACACCUGUACAUUAGACACCUGUACAUUAGACACCUGUACAUCAGACACCUGUACAUUAGACACCUGCACAUAAGACACCUGCACAUUAGACACCUGUACAUUAGACACCUGUACAUCAGACACCUGUACAUCAGACACCUGUACAUUAGACACCUGUACAUCAGACACCUGCACAUCAGACACCUGUACAUCAGACACCUGUACAUCAGACACCUGUACAUUAGACACCUGCACAUCAGACACCUGCACAUCAGACACCUGUACAUCAGACACCUGUACAUCAGACACCUGUACAUUAGACACCUGUACAUUAGACACCUGUACAUCAGACACCUGUACAUUAGACACCUGUACAUCAGACACCUGUACAUUAGACACCUGUACAUUAGACACCUGCACAUCAGACACCUGUACAUUAGACACCUGUACAUUAGACACCUGUACAUCAGACACCUGCACAUCAGACACCUGUACAUUAGACACCUGUACAUUAGACACCUGUACAUCAGACACCUGCACAUCAGACACCUGCACAUCAGACACCUGUACAUCAGACACCUGUACAUCAGACACCUGUACAUCAGACACCUGUACAUUAGACACCUGUACAUCAGACACCUGUACAUUAGACACCUGUACAUCAGACACCUGUACAUUAGACACCUGUACAUCAGACACCUGUACAUUAGACACCUGCACAUCAGACACCUGCACAUCAGACACCUGUACAUCAGACACCUGUACAUCAGACACCUGUACAUCAGACACCUGUACAUCAGACACCUGUACAUUAGACACCUGUACAUCAGACACCUGUACAUUAGACACCUGCACAUUAGACACCUGUACAUCAGACACCUGCACAUUAGACACCUGUACAUUAGACACCUGUACAUUAGACACCUGUACAUUAGACACCUGCACAUCAGACACCUGUACAUCAGACACCUGUACAUUAGACACCUGUACAUUAGACACCUGCACAUCAGACACCUGUACAUUAGACACCUGUACAUCAGACACCUGCACAUCAGACACCUGUACAUUAGACACCUGCACAUCAGACACCUGUACAUCAGACACCUGUACAUUAGACACCUGCACAUCAGACACCUGUACAUCAGACACCUGUACAUCAGACACCUGUACAUUAGACACCUGUACAUCAGACACCUGUACAUUAGACACCUGUACAUCAGACACCUGUACAUUAGACACCUGUACAUUAGACACCUGUACAUCAGACACCUGCACAUUAGACACCUGUACAUCAGACACCUGUACAUCAGACACCUGUACAUCAGACACCUGUACAUCAGACACCUGCACAUUAGACACCUGUACAUUAGACACCUGUACAUCAGACACCUGUACAUCAGACACCUGUACAUCAGACACCUGUACAUUAGACACCUGUACAUUAGACACCUGCACAUUAGACACCUGUACAUCAGACACCUGUACAUUAGACACCUGUACAUUAGACACCUGUACAUUAGACACCUGUACCUUAGACACCUGUACAUUAGACACCUGUACAUCAGACACCUGCACAUUAGACACCUGUACAUUAGACACCUGUACAUCAGACACCUGUACAUCAGACACCUGUACAUCAGACACCUGUACAUUAGACACCUGUACAUUAGACACCUGCACAUUAGACACCUGUACAUCAGACACCUGUACAUUAGACACCUACACCUGUACAUCAGACACCUGUACAUCAGACACCUGUACAUUAGACACCUGUACAUUAGACACCUGUACCUUAGACACCUGUACAUUAGACACCUGUACAUUAGACACCUGUACAUCAGACACCUGUACAUUAGACACCUGUACAUUAGACACCUGCACAUUAGACACCUGUACAUCAGACACCUGUACAUUAGACACCUGUACAUUAGACACCUGUACAUUAGACACCUGUACAUUAGACACCUGUACAUUAGACACCUGUACAUUAGACACCUGUACAUUAGACACCUGUACAUCAGACACCUGUACAUUAGACACCUGUACAUUAGACACCUGUACAUUAGACACCUGUACAUCAGACACCUGUACAUCAGACACCUGUACAUCAGACACCUGCACAUCAGACACCUGUACAUUAGACACCUGUACAUUAGACACCUGUACAUCAGACACCUGUACAUUAGACACCUGUACAUCAGACACCUGCACAUUAGACACCUGUACAUCAGACACCUGUACAUUAGACACCUGUACAUUAGACACCUGUACAUUAGACACCUGUACAUCAGACACCUGUACAUUAGACACCUGUACAUCAGACACCUGUACAUUAGACACCUCUUCAGGCGGACCAUCUGCUCUCUCCAAAUCUGUGAAGGACUUAAGUCUGAAAGAAGAACCUCCUGCUGCCCUCCUGAGUCUGCUCCUCCUGAGUCUGCUCCUCCUGCUCUGCUCCUCCUGCUGAUCAUCCACAAGACUCUGCCGCUCGUCUUCAUAAACCUCGGAGGAGAAAUGCUCUACAUCCUGAACCAGAGGAUGAAGAGCGAGAGCACAGAGGACGGCCCUGACAGAGGUCUGUGGACGGAGGGCGACCGCAGCAGAGGUAACAGGUCCCUUCAGUAUCUACAGGUCCCUGUGAGUCAGUAUGUCCCUGUGAGUCAGUAUCUGCAGGUCCCUGUGAGUCAAUAUGUCCCUGUGAGUCAGUAUCUACAGGUCCCUGUGAGUCAGUAUGUCCCUGUGAGUCAGUAUCUGCAGGUCCCUGUGAGUCAAUAUGUCCCUGUGAGUCAGUAUCUACAGGUCCCUGUGAGUCAGUAUCUACAGGUCCCUGUGAGUCAGUAUCUACAGGUCCCUGUGAGUCAGUAUCUACAGGUCCCUGUGAGUCAGUAUGUCCCUGUGAGUCAGUAUCUACAGGUCCCUGUGAGUCAGUAUCUACAGGUCCCUGUGAGUCAGUAUCUACAGUUCCCUGUGAGUCAGUAUCUACAGUUCCCUGUGAGUCAGUAUGUCCCUGUGAGUCAGUAUCUGCAGGUCCCUGUGAGUCAGUAUCUACAGGUCCCUGUGAGUCAGUAUCUACAGGUCCCUGUGAGUCAGUAUCUACAGGUCCCUGUGAGUCAGUAUCUACAGGUCCCUGUGAGUCAGUAUCUACAGGUCCCUGUGAGUCAGUAUCUACAGGUCCCUGUGAGUCAGUAUGUCCCUGUGAGUCAGUAUCUGCAGGUCCCUGUGACCACCGUGCCGCCCGGGGUGGACCCUGACAUGCUGCAGUACCACCCCGGGCCUGUGGGGGUGGACCCUGACAUGCUGCAGUACCACCCCGGGCCUGUGGGGGUGGACCCUGACAUGCUGCAGUACCACCCCAGGCCUGUGGGGGUGGACCCUGACAUGCUGCAGUACCACCCCGGGCCUGUGGGGGUGGACCCUGACAUGCUGCAGUACCACCCCAGGCCUGUGGGGGUGGACCCUGACAUGCUGCAGUACCACCCCGGGCCUGUGGGGGUGGACCCUGACAUGCUGCAGUACCACCCCGGGCCUGUGGGGGUGGACCCUGACAUGCUGCAGUACCACCCCAGGCCUGUGGGGGUGGACCCUGACAUGCUGCAGUACCACCCCGGGCCUGUGGGGGUGGACCCUGACAUGCUGCAGUACCACCCCGGGCCUGUGGGGGUGGACCCUGACAUGCUGCAGUACCACCCCGGGCCUGUGGGGGUGUACCACCCCGGGCCUGUGGGGGUGGACCCUGACAUGCUGCAGUACCACCCCGGGCCUGUGGGGGUGGACCCUGACAUGCUGCAGUACCACCCCGGGCCUGUGGGGGUGGACCCUGACAUGCUGCAGUACCACCCCAGGCCUGUGGGGGUGGACCCUGACAUGCUGCAGUACCACCCCGGGCCUGUGGGGGUGGACCAGGAAUAA